AUGAUAAACAUUCAACAAUAUGUGAAGUUGCCGAUUAACUCUCGAGGUAAACGAAAGACAAAAGGAAUUGGAAAGGCUAAAGAGUCGCUUACAAAAGAAGGUAGUCUUCUUCAGAGAUUUAACAUUGAAGUCCCUCGACAAUACAAUCAAAACAGGGGCACUUCACCCCGUCCCAUUACAGGAAAAUUUAACAGGCAUCACCGUCGACACGGCCAGUUCCGAUGCGGCAGUUUACGGCGGUACGGGGCGUCGGUAAGAGAAUUCCAUCUGGGUGUCGGUGUUUCUCUGAACCCAUGUGCAGAGAGAAUCGUAAUCAUCCGGCAAAAUUUGGGCUCCAAUUGGUCUCCGAUUUACUUCAACAACUACCAUUUAAUUGGGUACCAAUUAGUCUCUUCAAUUUUGGGGCUUUUGGCUUACAACCCUGGAAAUUACACUAACACUUCAAGCUCCCCUGUUCCAUUUGAGGUCGGAAUUUCCACCGGAGAAAAACCCAUUACCAUAGAUUUCCGGAAUUCAACGAGAACGGGAAAUGUUUCGGGAAUCAGGCCGAUUUGUGCGAGGUUUGAAAGGGAUGGGAGAGUUACAUUGGCGAAGGAAAUUUCGCCGUUGGUUUGCUCUGCUUUGAGACAGGGGCAUUUUGGGUUGGUGGAGGAGGCAGAGCCGGUUGAACUGAGGAAGAAGGAACGGCCGUGGAAGGUGGCCGUCGGAAGCUCGAUUGGGGCGGCGAUUGGAGCGUUUCUUUUGGGGCUGCUUUUGGUGGCAAUGUUUGUGAGAGUGAAACAGAGGACGGAAAUGGAAGAGAUGGAAAUUAGGGCUUAUGAAGAGGAAGCUUUGCAGGUUUCGAUGGUUGGACAUGUCAGAGCUCCGACAGCUCCGGGGGCUCGAACUUUGCCGUCGAUUGAAAAUGAGUACAUGCCUCCAUCUAGUCGUCGUUGAAAUUUGAGAAUGUAAUGUUUAUUCAGUUUUA